AUGCUGGACGUGCUGCUGCUGGUAGAAGUUGUAAAUGUUCCUGUUGACGAUGUGGAGCUGGACCUGGUGAUCGUGCUGGUUGUGCUGGUGAUGCUUGACAGUGUCGUUGUGGAGCGGGUGUUGCUGGACGUGGUGCUGUGCGUGGAGGUUUUACUGCUCGUAGUGACUGUACGAGAUCUGGUUGUGCUUGUAGAAUGGGUAGUGCUGGAUGUAGUGCUACUGGUUGUGGUCAAGGUGGUGCUGGCUGUGGUGCUGCUGGAUGUGGUGCUGAUGGAAGAGAUGGUCCUGCUACUUGUGGCAGUGCUUGAGCUGGUGCUUGAGCUGGAUAUGGUAGUUGUCGAAAGGGUUAUGCUGGACGUGCUGCUGCUGGUAGAGGUCGUGCUACUGGUUGUGACAGUACUUGAGCUGGUGCUUGAGCUGGAUGUGGUCGUUGUGGACAGGGUUGUGCUGGAUGUGCUGCUGCUGGUAGAGGUGGUGCUGCUGGUUGUGGAAGUCUUGGAGCUGGUGCUUGAGCUCGAUGUGGUAGUUGUGGACAGGGUUGUGCUGGACGUGCUGCUGGUGGUAGAGGUAGUGGUGCCAGUUGUUGUACUGCUUGAGGUGGUAAAGGUUCUACUGGAAGAAGUGGAGGUUACCGUGCUGGAAGUCGUCCUAGAUCUUGUGGUUGUUGACAAGCUGAUGCUGGUUGUGGUGCUGCGGGUAGAGGUGCUACUGCUAGUUGUUGCAGUGCUUGAGAUGGUGCUUGAGCUAGAUGUCAUAGUUGUGGAAAUGGUGCUACUGCUCAAUGUGCUGCUGCUGGAGGUGGUGCUGCUAGUUGUGACAGUGCUUGAGCCGGUGGUUGUGCUGGAUGUAGUAGUUGUAGACAGGGUUGUGCUGGACGAAGUGCUACUGGUCGAAGUGCUGCUGGCCGAGGUAGAGCUGCUAGUUGAAGUAGUCCUCGAGCUGGUGCUUGAGCUGGACGUUAUAGUUGUGGAGGAGGUGGUGCUGGAUGUUUUGCUACUAGACCUGGUGCUGCUGGUAGAGGUGGUGCUAGACAUGGUACUGGUAGUGGAAGUGAUGGUUAUGGAAGUGCUAGCAGUCGUGGUAGUGGUGACUGAGCUAGAGGUCGUCCCGAAGAGCCCCACUGAAGCCACCAUGAAGCAGGAUGGCAGAACGGCCUGCGUCCCACACAGCGACAUGACU